AAAUUACCUAAUGAACAAAGUGGAAUAAUAAACUACAUGAACGAAGGAGAGUUUCAAGAAUGCAAAUUGUAAAAAGCGAGAGAAAAUCUUGAAAAAUCAAAAUUCAGGUAUCAACGUUCUUUGGAGAAAAAAUUCUGCGCGGUACGAUUUAGUGAAUUUUCCACAAGAGGGGUGUGUACUUAUCUCCAUGGAAGUGGUACCGCCCCUAGAACCGGUGGACCAAUCCCGUGAUAUAAACCAACCCCCGUUCUGCACGUAACUCGGAGCUUGAUCGAGGGUGAACUCUCGAAAGGAGACUUCAGUUUUCUCGGUGUCGUCUAUCGAGAACGAUAAAACGACUCUCUCGCAGUGAGAUUCCAGGGUAAAAAGAACGCAAAGCUAUAUCUUUGUUAGUUUUGCCAAACAACCGACAACUUACGAAAGGAUGGCAGGCCCGUAUUUAUCACCCUUAGGACCUCAGGCUGACUUGCUCACCGAAUAUAUGUUUGGAAGACGUCGUCAGGUCAGUAGACGCAAUCGGACGACUUUCACUCCGCAACAGCUUCAAGAAUUGGAGUCGCUGUUCCAGAAAACGCACUAUCCUGACGUUUUUCUAAGAGAAGAAGUCGCUCUUAGGAUUUCACUUUCAGAGGCUCGUGUUCAGGUUUGGUUUCAGAAUCGGCGAGCAAAGUGGCGGAAACAAGCCCGAUUGCAAUUGUUACAAGAUGCAUGGAGAAUGCGAUGUUUGGGAUUAGGAAGUGCAGCACCCCUUCUUUUAAGGCCGCCACCUACAGCAUCUUUGGAACGACCUGAUGCUGCGACACCACCACCCCCGCCUCCCCCACCUCCGCCGCCUCCACCGCCUUCAGCCUCUGCUUCUACCAACGGACCACCUAUAACUAUAACGGCGAGCAACGCGGACAAAAUACCUGACGCUUCAACUUUAUCCGUUUGCAGAGAUUACAGGAUUCUUCCACCUCCUCACGGAUAUUCUCUGACCUGUGAAAAGUCUCCAGAAAGAAUGAAAUGUGGUUGUGGUUCUCCACCAAGAAUAUGCGGCAGUCCAGUAGAAAGAGACAUCAAUUUAACCGCUAGAGAUAGGCCUCAAGAGGCUGAGAUGGAUCUCACCGUGAAGGGUCCACCCAGGCACACACCGACCGCUACUUUAUUCCAUCAGCUACCCCAACAAGAACUCAGUCCAUCGCAAAAUGUCGACGAACCUUUGGACGUUACACUUAAUGCUAACAAAAACAAUUAAUUGUUUCUUGUUACGUUAGCUUUAUAUAAUUCAGUUUCUCACUCGCGACUUACUUAUUAUUUCUUCACUUUUUCAAUCGAAAGAAUCAAAUAUCUACAAUGGACAAAUCAGCUGUUGAAAAAUCUUUGUUCUAAAGGUACGUCGUUAAAAUUUCAAAUAAAAAUGCUACUUACAAUUAUAUUAAAGUACUCAAGUAGUUAGUUUAAAAUUGAAUAUUUCUCCACAAAUAACUUUCACUUUAUAUUUGUAACAUUAUUAUUUUUCGAUCUUGACAAUGUUACAAGUGCUUCGUUAAACACAGUAUUUUAGGUAAUCUCACUAAAAAUCCUUAUAUAUUUUACGUUCUACAUCCUCUUCUUGCUCAAUAUUUUACAAAAUUACGA